AUGACGUUAGUUCUUUUCCCCCUUCAAAACGCCCCCCUUUACAUCCUUUUUUGUCAGAUCAGAAGUGAUCGAAUGCAAAAUUUGUUGUCUCCAAUACGAUGAACAAGUCCAAGAGCAGACUCCACGAAUGCUCACAAACUGUGGACAUACAAUAUGCGAAAAGUGUGCCGAGCAGUUGUUGAAUGAAAAAGUAAACGGAGAGAUUGAAUGUCCGUUUGACAGACAGGUCACUUCGGUUCAAAGUGAGCUAUACAAUAGUAGGAUACAUAAAGUUGUGAAUGAAAUGUUGUUUACAGACAUCAACAGUCUUCCGAGGAACUUUGCCAUCAUUGAGUUGAUUCAAGCGCUGAACGAAUCAACAGAUUCAUCAAAAGACGAAGAAGAAGAAGAAGGCGACGAAGCGGACACUCCGUGUGCGGAGAAUCUGAGACACGAGGCUGAGGUUUAUUGUGACACGUGUGCCUCAGAUUUUUGUGAAAAGUUUGUAGCUUCUCACCGUCUCGGUGCCAAGUGUCGUUCCUCACUUUCAGAUGCUUCGAUGCAGUCCACUCCUAUCAAGUUUUGUCUUCUCACGUCAAAAUUUCAAUGGAGGAGAAGACGUUGAAAUUGCCAAAGUGUCCGCGACAUGAGCAGGAUGAUGCUGAGUACAUUUGCACAGUCAGUUGCACAUGUUUACCUAUAACUCUAUAGUCUCAAAAUGCAAUUUUCUAGGAUACGAGUUGCGUAAUGGAGGACAAGAUCAUGUGUGAGGCCUGUCUCAACACCAUUCAUCAAUUCCAUGAGCAUAAUGAUCUCAUGGUCACAGUUCUGACGAAUAAGGAAACGCUGGAAGAUUUAAUAGAGCCGCUGGAUAGCCUAGAAGAAUGUCUGAAAAUCAGUUUGAAAAUCGGACAGGAGUGUUUUCUGAGUUUCGAUGCUGAAAGUUUGGAUUAUCAGCAAAAGAUUCGCGAAAUCGAAGAGUUGUUCGAUGUGAAAAAGGCCGAAGCCGUUGAGCAAUUCAAAUCAUUUGCUCAUUCUAAAAAGACGCAACUGGAAAAAGAUGUUGAUAAUUUCCACACUAAUGCACUGCUUGUUGAAAGUUUGAGAAAGGAAGUGGAAAAAGUUCUGAAAGCUAAAAGAGAGUUGCACUUGGCGAAUGAUCUGCUCCAAAGAGUUGACGCAGUGUGGGUUGCUCUACCUGAAGAACAGUGCAAAUGCCUCGACCAAUGGAACAUCACUCUUCCAGAACGAUUCGAACUCAACUUUUCGCAGUGACAUUUUUGUUUGUCCACCACUCUUAUUCCAAUAAAUUUGCACAUCACUACUAACUUACACUAUUCACGAUGAUGAUUUGGUGUGAAAAUUUUGUUUGUUUUUUGUCGCUCCGAUAAAUUGAUGUGCAGCGGUGGACGCGGUCGCCUCUCUUGUUUUUCAGUUCUUGCGACGGCACUCCGUACCCCCAUUUCUCAUCCGUUUUUCACUAAAUAUUAUCAUUUUUCAACGAUGAAUUAAGCAAAUCAAGAGGAUCGUCCGACAAAAAGGUGUCUGUUGGAAGUGAAGAAGACGCGAGUGGACGAGCCGGUGGGGACCACUAUUUCUCCGUGCCCAGACGACGAAGCGGACAAACCGUGGACUGAGGAUCCAAGACACGAGGCUGAGGUCUAUUGCGCGCAGAGUCAGUUUCACAUAUAAUUCUUUUGCAACAAGCGUAAUAAUGUGUUUAAGAUUUCAGUUCGGAAAACGCUGAAUGCUUCGCAACUUACACCACCGUUUCCACGAAUCGAACGGCAAGAAUAUUGA